GGUAGUAAACGAACAAGAUGGCGACUAACAGUUUCGGUGAAGGACUGUUCAAAGUCGGGAAUUUUGUAUCCUGUAAGACAUGUUUUGAGGAGAGAAUUUCCGGAGAAGUGAUGGCAUACGACCCUGUCAGCAAGUUCCUGGUGCUCAAAAUGCCAUCAGUAAAUGGCGAGAGGAAGAACACACAUGAUAUACGCAUCGUCAACCUUAAUGCUGCCAAAGACCCACAGGUAGAGAAAGUUGCCUCGGAGCCACCACCAAGGUUGCCGAGACUCAACAUCCAAAAGCUCAACAAGAGAGCUGAAGAAGCCAUCAAUGCCAAACAGAUGCAUUUCAGAUUACUACAAGACGGUAUCACUACUGAAGCACAAAAUUUAUUCCACACUAUCAAUAAAACACUCCCGUGCAAAUGGCAAGGUGCAGUCAUCGUUGUAAAUGACGACGUGAAGGUCCUGCCACCUUACGGCACUGAAAACUGCCAAGGAAAAGAGAGCGCUGUCGUUCACAUUAAGAAAAUUGUAGAGAAAUUUCACAAAGACCAAGCAGCGAGCAGUACCUGAUACUGCAAUCUUCCUUACUCCAUUCUGAGUAAUUCUCCACUCCUUGUAAGAAGAAACACCCCCCUUCCACCCUCACCCCUUCAAACAAACAUCUUUCCCGUCUGCAAGAACAAAUUUACUGCACUAGCAUGGAUUUUGUUUUUCCUAGGUAGAAUUGAUAACAACAUGCAACCAAACUUGAAAGUUUUACUGCUCCCAUUCAUAACAACGGCAGAGAUUUCACCUUUUGAAAUAAAUCUACACUGUAUACCUGCAGAGACUUUUUCCAAACUGUGUCCCAGGUUCUGAGCUUCCAACCCUCUGUUAAACACAACUGCUACCGUUGUUUUACAAGCUGGUGUUUAGUGAACAGUUCAGCUUAACCCUAAAAGAGCCAGGGAUGGAGGUGGCCGAGGAGAACCCACCCACCCCUCAACAUUGUCCCGUAUUAUUGCAUUGUAUUUUUUUUCACAUGUCCUGUCUCCAGGAGUUUUUUCAGCUAUGCAUAUGUUGCGGUCAUGUUGACACCUGUUUUGUAGAAAUGGAUAAGCUGUUCUCACGCAGCAUCCAUUUUCCACGACAGGUCAGCCAAAAGUGCAUACCUUUCCAUUGACAUGCUUGAUGAACACAGGCUGACUCACGUGUGGCCUUCAAAUAACCAUUAUCAACAAAACCAUAAGCCUGAUUGAGUUGAAAUUUCACAUUUGUACAGAUGAGGGUCUUUACUUGUGUGUCAAGAUUGAAAAGAUCGAGCUUGGGCACCCAAGCUCUUGGGAAAUCAGUCAUUGGCAUCCAUCCCUCCCAAGCUGUGGGCUGGUUCCAAAACAAACCGGGCUCUUUUAGGAUUAAGGAGUUACUGACUGGUACCCUGCUAUUAUUUGAUAGCUGGGACUCGUUUUGCAUUUCAGAAUUUCAGCUUCUUACCACACCUCGCCAGACUAUUCUUUAAUACAAAUUGCAUGUUGACAGUUUGUUCAUAGAUUUUUACAUAACACUAUGUUUUUCGUCUGCUUGUCUUGUCAGUGGUUAUAUUUCUCAAUGAACACUUUCCAGAAGAGUAUGGUAACUUGACAUUCGAUGACUUUGUGUUAAACCAAACUUGGGAACUUUACAACAAGCUUUUAAUAUCUGUCAAUUCAUUCCACGUUGUUAAAACCGGACGGUCCAGUACGUAUAAGGCUCUAACUAUGUAUGUGAUUUCUUUUUAAGGUCAACACAUUGUCAUGUACCCAGACAGGAUGUAAAAUCCUUCAAGUUUCAUCUCAUUGCUGUAUUACAAGGAUUUUUUUAAUCCCUGCUUGUGACAAGUUUGAUUUUUGCACAUCUUGCCAACGAACGCUGGUGGACCAAAGUUACAAAACUCUUGUGAUUUGAAUGUGGGGUGCUUGCACAAUAAUGCCUUGACAAAGUUACUUGACAACACAUGGGUCAGGGAACAAGACCAGCCGAGUUUUGAAGUAACGUGCGAUCACAUUUAGGGGAAGUCAAAGAGCUAGGAAUACACGGGAACGUCGUUCAUAAUUAAACUUUUGCGAGUUAAAUUUGAAUAAAAUAUGGUACACUUAAUUCUUUAAAUUCACGUGAACCUAAACAUUUGAAUUCUCGAUAUUAAAAAAACUGUUGCAGUACCUCGUGAUUUGGGGCAAGCUUUUGCUUUGAGCCCUAAGAAGGGCACAAAGGAACCAGUACAUUCCAGAGAUUAUGGUCGCUAUGCAAAAGCUUGCCCCGAACACGGGCGCAUAUAAAAAAAAAACCCGGACUUGCAACGCCCUUGUAUGAAAGCCAACAAGCGGCCAUUUUCCCGAGCCGAAUACAAAUGCUCGGGUUGGCUCGCUUUUAUAGACGCCACGGAGGACAAAGGCGGGAAUUGCCGGGGCAUUGUGAGUCCAGAGUUUUUAUGUACGUCCAUAGCCCCGAAUCACGUGGUAUAGCAACAGCGUCUUUAGUUUGGUAAUUCAUUUUACGUUUAUGUGCAAUCACAUAAUGCAGUGUACCAGAUUUUAUUCAAAUUUACUUUGCAAAAGGCUGAUGGGCUUCAUUUUCCUGCACUAACGAGAAUCGGGAGUAACAUACUCGAACACAGACUGGGUGGGGCUUCAGGUAUAGGAAAGCCGGAAGUUUUCUUAAGUUAACUAAUUAUUCGCAGAGCGUGCAACCUAUUAUCACAUUUCACAGAGUACAUGUAGAAUGGGCAGGUCCUUGUAGUGAUGCGUCUUGGAACCUUGGAACUGACUUUAAACGAUAUAGAUGUAACUCGCUACAGAGAACAUAUGCAGGGUUUGAAUUUUUAUUAAUAAAACCGGAAGACAUGCCCUUAUUGUUCAUCGUUGGGGGAAAAGAGGGUUGGCUUAUUGUGAAAAAUUGAUAUUUUUCUGCAGGGGUUCAUUCAGUAUAGUAUUAAUAGAUAUGGAUUCACCUCUUAAAGAGAAAAGUUUUCACUGUGCGUUUAAUGCAUAAAUAAAAUAAAGAAAAGCGUCAAUGAAA